AUGCUUGUUGGUGGACAACUUAAACCAUAUCAAUUACAAGGUCUUGAAUGGCUUGUUUCAUUAUAUAAUAAUAAUUUAAAUGGUAUACUUGCUGAUGAAAUGGGUCUUGGAAAAACCAUCCAAACAAUUGCAUUAAUUGUUCAUUUAAUUGAUUAUAAAAAAAAUCCUGGACCAUCAUUAAUUAUUGUUCCAUUAUCAACAUUAUCAAAUUGGGCAGCAGAAUUUCAACGUUGGGCACCUGAUGUUGGUGUUAUACAAUAUAAAGGUUUACCACAUGUACGUAAAAUGCUUGCACAAUCAAUACGUACAAAUCGUUUUAAUGUAUUAUUAACAACAUAUGAAUAUAUAAUGCGUGAUCGUUCAAUAUUAUCAAAAGUUUCAUGGAAAUAUUUAAUUGUUGAUGAAGGUCAUCGAAUGAAAAAUCAUCAUUGUAAAUUAACACAAAUAUUAAAUACAUAUUAUAUACAUGCUCCACAUCGUUUAUUAUUAACUGGUACACCAUUACAAAAUAAUCUACCAGAAUUAUGGGCGUUAUUAAAUUUUAUUUUACCAACUAUAUUUAAAUGUGCAACAACAUUUACAGAUUGGUUUAAUGCACCGUUUGCAACAUUACCAAGUGAAAAAGUUGAAUUAAAUCAUGAAGAAACUUUAUUAAUUAUAAGACGAUUACAUAAAGUUUUAAGACCUUUUCUAUUACGUCGACUUAAAAAAGAAGUCGAAUCACAAUUACCAGAAAAAGUUGAAUAUAUAAUCAAAUGUGAAUUAUCAGCAUUACAACGUUGUCUUUAUCAUGCUAUGUCAAAAAAUCGUACAUUAAUUAUUGAAAAUCAAAAUGGUAAAAGUGGUCGUCGUGCCUUAAUGAAUAAAUUAAUGCAAUUACGUAAAAUUUGUAAUCAUCCAUUUUUAUUCGAUGAAAUUGAAGAACGUUUAGCACAAUCACUUGGUUAUAAAGAUGGUUUUAUAAAUGGACCUGAUCUAUUUCGUGUAUCAGGUAAAUUUGAAUUACUUGAUCGUAUAUUACCAAAAUUAAAAGCAACUGGACAUAAAGUUUUAUUAUUUUGUCAAAUGACUGCUGUUAUGGAUUUAUUUGAAAUUUAUUUUGCUUAUAGAAAUUAUACAUAUAUACGUUUAGAUGGUACAACAAAAGCUGAUGAUCGUUGUGAAUUAUUAAAAAAUUUUAAUGAUGAUAGUAUAGAUUCUUUUAUAUUUUUAUUAUCAACACGUGCUGGUGGUGUUGGAUUAAAUUUACAAAAAGCCGAUACUGUUAUUUUAUUUGAUUCCGAUUGGAAUCCACAUCAAGAUCAACAAGCACAAGAUCGUGCACAUCGUUCAAUAUNUAAGAAUUUUUUCUAA